GGAAGUCGGCCGCGCCUGCGCGGGCGAGUCCGGCCUUAGGGCGAGGAUGCGCGCGCAGCACUUUCCGCCCAGCGGAAGUUUCCGAGGGGCAACUGAGAAGGUUACUGUCAAGAUGGAGUUUCCAGCCCAGUGAAUCCAAGGGCCAGACUGUGACCCCAUAAAGCAUGAUUUCCUUCUGUCCAGACUGUGGUAAAAGUAUCCAAGCAACGUUCAAAUUCUGCCCCUACUGUGGAAAAUCUUUGCCUACAGAGGAACAUGCCGGGUCCCCAAUCUUUGCCAAGCCAUGCAUGUCGUCCUUUCGAGGCUCGAGGAAAGAGCUGAGCUCCAGUUCUGAAAGCUCUCCCAAGAAGGUGAAAUGGUCCAGCACGGUCACCUGUUCCCAAUUAUCCAUCUCAGAUGGUGACAAUUCUGAAUCUGAAGAUACUCUGAGUUCCUCUGAGAGAUCCAAAAGACUCUGGGACAGACCCCUAACCCCCAAAAGCAGCCUUCAGGUGACCAGGUGCAGCCCUCAGACAACCAAGCAUAGCCCUCAAACGACCAGGCAAAGUCCUCAGAUGACCAAACAAAGUCCUCAGACGACCAGGUGCAGCCCUCAGACGACCAGACAGAGCCCUCAGACGCUGAAGCGGAGCCGGGUGACCACCUCACUUGAAGCUUUGCCUACAGGGACAGUGCUGACAGACAAGAGUGGGCAGCACUGGAAGCUGGUAUCUCUCCAGACCAGGGAUGACCAGGGCAUUCUCUAUGAAGCUGAGCCCACCUCUGCCCUCGCCUGUGAGUCAGGUCCCCAGAAACAGAAGUUCUCACUCAAACUGGAUGCCAAGGAUGGGCGCUUGUUCAAUGAGCAGAACUUCUUCCAGCGGGCUGCCAAGCUUCUGCAAGUGAACAAGUGGAAGAAAUUGUACUCAACCCCCCUGCUGGCCAUCCCCACCUGUGUGGGCUUUGGUGUCCACCAGGACAAGUACAGGUUCCUGGUGCUCCCCAGCCUGGGGAGGAGUCUUCAGUCGGCCCUGGACGACACCCCGAAGCAUGUGAUGUCGGAGAGAUCUGUGCUCCAGGUGGCCUGCCGGCUGCUGGAUGCCCUCGAGUUCCUUCAUGAGAAUGAGUAUGUUCAUGGAAAUGUGUCAGCUGAGAAUAUCUUUGUGAAUCCAGAGGACCUGAGUCAGGUGACCCUGGUGGGAUAUGGCUUUGCCUUCCGCUAUUGCCCAAGCGGCAAACACGUGACCUACAUGGAAGGCAGCAGGAGCCCCCACGAGGGGGACCUUGAGUUCAUUAGCAUGGACCUGCACAAGGGAUGUGGGCCCUCCCGCCGCAGUGAUCUCCAGACCCUGGGCUACUGUAUGCUGAAGUGGCUCUACGGGCUCCUGCCAUGGACAAACUGCCUUCCCAACGCUGAGGAGAUUAUGAAGCAGAAAGAGAAGUUUCUUGACAACCCAGGGCCCUUCGUGGGACUGUGCGGUCACUGGAUCAGGCCCUCAGAAACCCUGCAGGAGUACCUGAGGGUGGUGAUGGCCCUCCAGUACAACGAGAAGCCGCCCUACGCCAUGCUGAGGAACAAUCUGGAAGCACUACUGCAGGAUCUGUGCGUGUCACCCUACGACCCCCUUGACCUCCAGAUGGUGCCCUAGGUGGGAAGAGUGUAACGUUCAAUAUGCAAUUUGCAAUAGGAAAAAAAAAUGAAGCAAUGUGACUCAAGGCCUGCUGUUUAAUCACGGAUGAGCUUCUAGAAGAAUCCCUAGAAUGUGCAUUCCUGCCACGUGUGUAGGCGACACUCCUCAGUCCUGACCUGCCUCAGGGAGCCCCGAGUGAAUGUGAAAUUCCUCCCCUUGGUGGCCCACCCUUGACGCUCUCGUCCGCCAGCUGGUGGGCUGUAGCCAGAGAGGAUGCCAAUGCCCAGACAGACGACAGGGUGGGCCAGAACCUGGGGGGACCCCUCUUCCCUUUGACACCACUCUGCUUAGGUAAUAAAUUGUUU